AUGACAAUUUCCGCGAAUGAACAUGAAAGGUAUGACGCGGACGUGUGGACAGAGGUGGCGAAGUUUCUGGAUGGAAGAUCUUUGAUGAUGCUUGCGGCGACUAGCCGGUGGUUUUAUCGUUUAGUCAUGGAAGACAGCAUAUGGAAGUAUGUUUGCCUGCGUGAUCUUCAGGUCCCUGCUCCUCAAAACACGGCCUUCAAAUGGAUCAAGCUCUACGUUUCUGCCUUCGAUGGAAGUCACUCUUACAUUUUCCGGCAGCAGGAGAAACAUCUCGAUUGGAUGCGGAUUGGGGCUUUUUUCAUGGAUUCUUCCGUAGUACUCCUAUCAGAAAGGCUGGGCUCUCAAGUGAAAAUCCCAAAACAGGAUUCAACGGAUAAUACAUUGGAGUCCGGUUGUUGUGUCUUGCGCAAUGUUAAAACUGGGAUCUGGAUAGCCGAUCUACAACUUGUUCGUUGUCCCGUUUGCGACCUGAAUACAUGUGAUGGAACAAUGCAAACGUUGGAUGCCAGGCACAUAGAGCUGUUCCUGAACGAAGGUUACCAAGAUGGUAGUUGGGAAUAUCAGAUUUUAGGUUCUCAUGAUAUCAGGAAGCCUACAGAGUCAGCUUCAGGGGUCAUUUUUGAUGUAAAGCAUCUGAAAGACUCUUCAACCUCAGGAAUAUUGGAUCUAAAGUCAUGGACAGGCAGUCGAACUGAUUGGCAGCCAAAGGCAAUGAUUACUCUCAACGCCGUUGCCGUAAAUACCUAUUUACAAGAAAAUGAAGGAGUUCACGUGAAAUACCAGGCCAUGAAAGCCGGAGCAAACGGAGAGGUGGUUUCUAUCAGAAUCUCCCAGCAGCUACUUUAGUUCCUUCUUCAAAUGCGCUUCUUUUAUUAUUCCUUCUUGUAACCCCCUGGAGGUCAACCCCAACCAUUUCUACUCACUAUACUUUGCGCCGAAGAAGUGUAAUUCCCCAACAAAACAAAUCACCAAUUUCUAUAAAUACUUUUCCAGAGGAAGUGUAACCUUUCGUUAACAAGUUAUGUUUAAAAACAGUUCUCUACUUUUU